CGUCGCCAGAAACCGUCAACACUGACCUCUCAAACGUCCGUUUAGCCGGUUAUAAGCUGAAGUUCUAAACUAAGUUUGUUAUAUAAGCAUUUGCAUUUGUAGAUGUUGUGGUUUGAGGUGUUUUUUUGAAAGGAUUUAAGCUUUCCCAAUGGCGUAUCUUGGAGGAUCAUCUGCGCAGGACCUACUGGCUCUGUCUGCACUGUUAUCCAAACAGGAGGAGGAAGAUGAAAACUAUAAAAAUGCGGAUGCCUGUGCACAGCUUGGCCCUGGACACAUCGGACCUCCGCCAAAAACAGAUGAAGCUUCAAGUUCCAACAUGAAGAACUGCAAAGCAAUCUGGAGUGAAGAAGAGGUGGCUGAGGGGGCCCAUUAUGAUGAUGUGGUAGAUCCACGGCCUCAACCAGAAUAUGAAAUUAUCCUGAAGCAGAAUGUGGGAACCGAGGACCUGUUCUUAGGAUUAAGCAGGAAGAAUCCAUCGUCCAUGUGCUGUGAGGCAAUGCAGGUGAAAAUCAAACUACCAGACACUAAAGCAACAGAUGUCUUUUUAGAUCUUAAAGAAACGUUUCUUGAUCUGCGAACACCAAAAUACAAACUGGGCCUCCAUCUGCCCCAUCCCAUCCACAGUCAAGAGGGAAAGGCCCAGUUCUUUAGUGAAAAGCAGGAACUGAAGGUGACACUGCUGAUGAAGCGACCCACGGACUUCAUCAACAUGCAGUGACAAACAACAACAAUGAUUCAAGAAUUCAGAGAAACACAAACGUAACACAAAAUACACUGUAUCCUACCUACACAAUGAAAAGAAAAACGAAUGAUCAAAGUAAAUCUUUUCUGUGAACAUAUUUAGAGUAUGUUUGGAGCAAUUGUCCUCUUUUAUGAUGAGAAAUGAUAAUAAAUGCUUUUGAAUUAUG